AGCCAGACACGUAGCCAGCCAAUGUGGAUUGGGUUCGGGACGCAGAGAGAUUUGUGAAAGAUGUCAGGAACACGCUGCGACAGAGUCGAAAAAUGAGCAGGAAUCGUAGGCGGAGCUUGUCCAGCAGCGAAACGCCUUCGGAUGGAGAGCAGAAUGUGAAUGACCAUACCAGAUUGAGGUCACGAUCCAUAGAGCAGGAGCUCUACGCAAAUCACUCUGGGACCCAGGAAACUCAAAUGGUCGAUGUGGCAGUCGGCUCAUCAUUCACGUCCCUAAGUCAGUCUCACUGGACUGCAGGAGACCCAUCUCCUGAUCCGACCAAAUUUACUCUUCAAAACGUUCCUCAUAUCCUUGUGGAGGCAACAAACGAAGACAAGAAAAGAGUUACAUACACAGACGCAACGUCUACACCUAUUGAACCCAUAUCCGAAGUGCCGUUAGUGGAACCCACUUACGACAAAGCUCCUUCUCCUGCCAGGGACAACAAAUCCCUUUCUGUCAAAGUGUCCUCUUCGGAGUCAUCAGAUGUUCCCAUCAGCUUGCAACAGUCUUCCUUUGCAGAUGACCCUGCGCGUCAGUUUGCCUCCAUUAAUGAGGUCAUCUCCUUGCAGAGAUCACACAGCUCCACGGAACAAUACGACCGGGAAGAGCCACUUAUCACCAAGACUCAAAAAUUCUAUAAAAAGAGAGCCCCAUUGGUCCCGAGGUACGACUCGGAGGAUUCGUUUGCCAUUGAGAAGGAAGUUAUUCAACAGGAGGCCCCAUCCGCAGUCAGUGCGGGCUACACGAUGGACGAAACGGAAUCGCCGGGAUCGUUUAGCGAAUUCGAUGCUGAAAGGCGCAGGAGCAGCGACCUUUGGGAUGCAGCGAGUAGGAGUUUCAUUUCCAAGGAGUCCUUCAACCUGAGCCGUAGACGACUAGGCUCCGGUAUGGUUUUUGUAAAUCUAUAUGGUGAUUCCACCGGAUGGCGGCUUCGGCUGGGUGAUCAUGGUGCUCUCCUUCCUCGCCCAGCUGAUCGUCGAUGGUCUGAUCUUCACCGUGGGCAUCUUACUGCCAUUUAUAGCCAAAGAUCUGGGCGUGGAGAGGACGUCGGUGUUGUUCGUGGCCAGUGUCCAGAUUGGUUGCUACUUCACGAGUGGAACUUUUGCCGCGGCGUUAAUAAAUCGCUUCGGCUUUCGGAAGGUUGGCAUUACGGGAGUCCUGUGUUCGUCAACCGCCAUCAUGGCCUCCAGCUGCAGCGUCAACCUGACCAUGCUGAUCUGCUUCUACAGUGUCCUAGUGCAGGUGGCAUCACGUUGAGCAUGAUCUGGGCCAGCUCGCAGCUGAUCGUGGGCUACUACUUCGAGCGGUAUCGUCCGAUGGCCAACGGAUUCUCCUGCAGCGGCGGCGGCCUUGGGAUAGUGCUCUUCACGUUCCUCAAUAGCUGGCUGGUGCCCAUCAUCGGCUGGCGGAACAUGCUUCGGGUGCAGGGCGGUCUGGUCCUCUUGAUCCUGCUGAUAGUCACCUUCUACGUGGAGGUGGCUCCCACACAGGUGGGCCUGUACCAUCGCCCGGACGUGUUGGACUCCAGUUCGGAUGAGUAUUACGGCAACUUCUACGUGCACGACUAUCUGCGUCUAUCCAACCAUACCAAUGGGAUCCACAGUUUCCUCAGCUCGUAUGAGCCGCCUCCCAAGAAGCGACGGUGCGCCAGCCUAUGCUCCUGCUGCACCAACUGUUGUGGAAAGAGGCGCAAGAAGGCGGAAAACGAUGAGGAUCACGAUCUGCUCAUCCGUCCGGCACCUUUGGAACGGGAGGAUCUCUUCUACACAGGACCAGCCGAGUACGAGAAGCCUCACAGCAAGGAGCACCUCGAGGGCAAGGAGUUCCACCUUAUGGGAUCGGAUAAGAACACCCAGCAAGUGAAUUAUGGUAUAAAAAAAAUUCACGUAGACGAGGCCGAUCCAGCUGCCACCGCCAGUCAUCAUAGAGAUCAGAGAUGGGCCAAAGGGCCGCCAAAGAAACAGAAUGCUAUGAAAUAUAGGAAAAGCCGGUUUAUGGUCACCCUAGUGAAGCUUUUCGACUAUCAUCUGCUGAAAAAGUUCGAGUUCCGGGUGCUGGUCGCUUCCGCCCUUCUUUUUCCGAUGGGCUUCAAUGUUCCCUUCGUUUACUCGAGUUCGCGCACCAAGAUUCCCGUCGAAUAUGCUCGGUUAAUUGGCCCCAUUAUCGGUAUUACCAACUUUUUGAUGCGGAAUGUUUGUGGCUUUCUCGCCUAUAAACGGAAGACCUGGACUACCUACAUCUGUGGUUGCGGCUUGGUUUUUGGUGGAUCCUUUGUAUUUAUAAGCGCUUUUUAUGGUCAGGACCUGGUUUGGUUCCAGGUUCUCUACGGCGUUUGCUAUGGUGUGGCCCCAGCUGUUUUUGCCACCCUGCGAGGACUUAUUUAUGUGAAAUAUCUGGGCCUGCCCAAACUGACCAAUGCCUUUGGGAUUACUUCUUUGGCCAUGGGUGCGGGUGCCUUUAUUGGCACUACGAUUGCCGGAGAAAUGAUUGGUAAUUCGGGAAACUACACUGCUGCCUUCAUCUUUGCCGGACUGUGCCUCAUGACCGCCGGAAUGCUGAAACUGCUGCUGCCCGCGUUGGUGAAGUUUUACUACCGGAAAGCCCAUUGAGGAAUCGAAUAGCUGGAAUUGCAUUAUUUAUUGGGUUUCCUCCUUCAAACUGGGGAUUUAUUUUACAAAAUAGCUUACGCUCUUCUUGUUUUCUCAUUUAAUACAUACAUAAGUGUUAUCGACUACUUUA